GACCUCUCCGGGUUCUACCCCUCCUCUUCCGUAGGACGCGCGUGAACUUGCACCAGUUGCGUGUGGAGAACGGUCGGUGUGCGGUGGCGCCGCUCAGUUACGUCUGGAUCGUCCCCGAGGCAACUCCACCGUGUCUGGAGACGAUCCGCGCCCUCUCUACCCGUUUCACCAUCGAUCAUGUCGCCGAGGAUCUUGUUCUCUGUGUGAUAUUAAUGCCUUUUGUUGCAACGUUAUUUUACUGUGUGUAUCGUGAAUCGAGUGGUGACGUUAUCGUCAAACAGACCGGAUAAGAGAAUGCAUCGCAACGGGGAAUACGAUGAGGGUUCCGGAUAUCUAAAGCGUGCGAAUACUGACCGCCUCCAUGAAAUAUUUAAUCAGUACGCGUCGCAAGAGAAGAAUGGCGAGAGGUUCAUGACCCCGUCCGACUUCGUGCGAAUCUAUCUUGGCCUCUACAUCGAUGCAGACUAUAAUCCUGACUCCGUUAACCUGCUCGCCGGUAUCGUUGACACCAGCAAAGAUGGGCUCAUAUCGUUCGCCGAGUUCCAGGCAUUCGAGGGGCUGCUCUGCGUUCCGGACGCCCUGUACAAGACAGCCUUCCAGCUGUUCGACACUAAUGGAAACGGAAUGGUUGCAUUUGAGGAGUUCGCUGAGGUGAUGCGGAAGACGGAGCUUCAUCAGAGGAUGCCCUUCAACAUGGACAGUAGUUUCAUUAAACUAUAUUUCGGGAAGGAUAAGCAGAGGCUGAUCAGCUACGCCGAGUUCAGUCAGUUCUUACACGAUUUCCACGAAGAAUACGCGACGGAGGCUUUUAAGAAGUUCGAUAAAGAAGGACAGGGUUUCAUCUCCGCCUUAGACUUCCAGGAUAUCAUGCUAAGCAUCAAGAGCCAUCUAUUGACCCCGAACGUUAAGGACAACCUGGUCGCUGCGGCAAGUAUCGGUCAGUCCGGGAGGAAAGUCAGCUUUCCGUAUUUCAUGGCGUUCAAUUCCCUUCUGAAUAAUAUGGAACUGAUAAAACGUAUUUACCUGAACGCGACGAAUGGUCACAGAUACGACGAAGUCACCAAAGAGAGGUUCCUUCAUUCCGCACAAAUGAUGUCGCAGAUCACGCCGCUAGAGGUGGACAUUCUCUUUCAACUUUGCGACCUUCUGCAUCAGACUGGGAAAAUUGUAUACAAUGAUCUCGUGGCUAUGACACCUGAGCAGUAUUUCAAGCAAAUUACAAAACGCCUAGCCGAGAUCAAGGCGGUAUCGAGUCCGGACGAGCGAGGUGUGAUCGUGCAAAUACUCGAGAGCGGAUAUCGGUUCGUGCUCGGCUCUAUCGGAGGAGCGGUGGGCGCGACAGCUGUCUAUCCGAUCGACCUGGUGAAGACGCGGAUGCAGAACCAGAGGACCGGAUCCCUGGUCGGCGAGCUGAUGUACCGAAACAGCUUCGAUUGCUUGAAAAAGGUAAUCCGGCACGAGGGUUUCUUCGGUCUUUACAGAGGUCUGCUGCCGCAGCUGAUGGGUGUCGCGCCGGAGAAAGCGAUCAAGCUGACCGUGAACGACUUCGUUAGAGAUAAGUUCAUGGAUAAGAAUGGAAAUUUGCCUCUAUUCGGGGAAAUUAUAUCCGGUGCCUGUGCUGGAGGGUCUCAGGUGAUAUUCACGAAUCCCUUGGAGAUCGUUAAGAUCCGGUUGCAGGUGGCCGGUGAAAUAGCCGGGGCCCAAAAAGUCAGAGCUUGGUCCGUUGUUAGAGAACUUGGCCUUUUUGGGUUGUACAAGGGUUCCAGGGCUUGUUUCCUCCGAGACAUUCCCUUUAGCGCCAUCUAUUUCCCCAUGUACGCUCACACGAAGUCCCGAUUGGCGGACGAGGGAGGAUACAAUACACCACUUUCGCUUCUCGUUGCUGGUGCACUCGCUGGUGUGCCUGCAGCAGCGAUGGUCACUCCUGCGGACGUGAUAAAAACCAGAUUGCAAGUGGUAGCCAGAGAGGGCCAAACGACGUACAACGGGCUGCUGGACUGCGCGAAGAAAAUUUACAGAGAGGAAGGAGCCAGGGCGUUCUGGAAGGGAGCUUCAGCACGAGUCUUUAGAUCGUCGCCCCAGUUCGGUGUCACACUUUUCACCUACGAACUCUUACAGAGGCUCUUCGUGGUCGACUUUGGAGGAUCACGACCUGCCGGAUCAGAGCUAAAGAUACCAGCGACUGGAGUGGCGCAGGAGAUACGAUCAACGAAUCCGGAUCACAUAGGCGGCUACCAGAUAGCCCUGCCGAUUUUCACGGGUAUAGAAACGAAAUUCGGUCUCUGCCUGCCCAGGUUCCAGGCGGGCAGUGUCGGUCAGCAACCGGAGAAAUAAAGCUUGUAGCGAAUAUCACCGUUGUUAGGGUAAAAAAACCGAAAGAAGCACGAGGCUCCAAUAGAAUCACGACAAACCGAGUCAAUCGUCAUCCGUGUCCUCUUCGAGCCGUUGAUCGACCUGACGAAUCUAGGCUCGAAUUCACCCUGGGAAGCACCAACGACAUCGCGUAUCCUAUAGUCCUUCAAUCAGAGAGUCUCGAAUGAAAAAGAAACUCCGGCGAAAGUGGACGACAGGGGAGAUCCAAGAGAGUUAUUAUAAUCCAAAGGAAUCUUGAGAACCAUCGCGACAUCCAGCCUGGAUCAAGGAAACAAAGUAGUAACAAAUUUAGCACUCCUUUCUGAGGACAUUCAAGGGCGGAAAUUCAACGCGCACAAGCUCUUCGUGGUUCGCCUUGGAGGGGCGACACCGGUACAGGAGUUUAGCCUAAAGACACUAUCGAACUAACGUUUCUUAAUUGCCCGUUCAACGCUUACCGAUCACGCGCGUAGAACUCGAAUCGAUUGGCAACGCGAAGAAGCAGAACAUUCUUGUCAUACACACUGUCCACCCCGCGACAUUGCGUUUCACCGUUUGCACCAGAUCCCACUAAUAUUUCCCUCGGUAAUUGCACCGUUUCAAGCCACACAAUUCUUCGCUUCCGUGGUACUCUUUAACGGAAAGGAAACUAUAUAAACGGGCGCAAAAGGUGAGACGGACACUGAUCCCUUCGAAUUCAAAUCGAAAGGAUUAGAAACGUU